AUGACUUUGAAACCCUUUACCUAUCCAUUUCCAGAGACAAGGUUUUUUCAUGCAGGAUCCAAUGUGUAUAAAUUCAAAAUCAGAUAUGGCAACAGUAUCAGAGGAGAAGAAAUAGAAAAUAAGGAAGUCAUCAUCCAGGAACUAGAGGAUUCCAUCCGUGCAGUCUUGGGAAACGUGGACGACCUGCAGCCAUUUGUUACAGAGCACUUUGUGGUUUUCCCCUAUAAAAGCAAAUGGGAGAGAGUCUCCUACCUGAAAUUCAAGCAUGAGGAAGCAGUCUUGGUUCCUUACCCAUUUGUUUUCACUCUCUAUGUGGAGAUGAAAUGGCUUCAUGAAAAUCUGACACCAGGGAAAUCAAUCAACAACAGUCCUCUUGGAUUGGACCUAGCUGAGAAGAAAGCAGCAGAAGCCACAAUGAGGAAACGGAAACUCCUGGAGGAGCCAGGUUCCCCCAGCAGGGCCAAGAUGGGGACUUCCAGCCAAGGCCUAAGCAAAAAGAAGCCCCCAGUGGAAACCAGGAGGAGCAGGGAAAGAGAAACCCAGCAGGAGUGGCAGGAAACCCCAGCCUUUGACACCAUGGACAUCCAGGAACAGGAUUCUAAGUGGGGAUAUGGUUUUCCAGAGCCAAGUGUCCCACCAGCGCAGCAGAAUGACCUUCCUCCACCUAAAAAGCAAGGAGCUAGUGGCUUCUUUAGAUUUCUGAGCACUCUCUUCCCCUUCCGGUAUUUCUUCAAGAAGAGCAACCAGUGA